GGAGGACCGACCCUGGGAGGACCACAACUUCCUCGUUCGGCAGCCGACCAUGAGCAAACCCAGCCUGGCGGUGUUCGACCUGGAUUAUACCCUCUGGCCAUUCUGGGUGGAUACUCACGUAGACCCACCCUUCAAGAAAAGCAGGACGGGUGAGAUUUUGGACAGCAGUGGCCGCAUCAUCCAGCUGUACCCGGAGGUGCCAGAUGUGCUGCAGCACCUCCACCAGAAUGGGAUCCGGAUCGCUGCUGCGUCCCGCACGGGCGAGGUGGAGGGAGCCGAGCAGCUGCUGCGUCUCUUCGACCUGGAUCGCUUCUUCUGCCAACGGGAGAUCUACCCAGGAUCCAAGGUCACCCACUUCCGCAGAAUCAGAGAGGGGACGGGCCUCCCGUACGACCAGAUGAUCUUCUUCGACGACGAGCACUGGAACAUCGUGGAGGUCGGCAAGUUAGGAGUUCUCUGCGUGGCGGUCAGCAAUGGGAUGACAAUGAAGCUGCUGCAGAAAGGGCUGGGGGAAUUCGCUCGGCGGUCAGGAGCAGGCGGCGGGGCGCUGGAGCAGUGACAGUGUGCGGCCUUUCUCCCCCCCCCCCCCGGCCCAGGACCAGCGUGGCAACAAACCUCCGGCGGCUGGCGGUUCCCAGGACGGGGAGGGUGACCGCCCUCCCUGCCCGUUCGCAACAAGGUGAUCAAAACCAGGGCGUGGGGAGAAGUCUGUUCAUCCCCUUUAAUGCCAGAGUUGCCCGCCGCUGGAUCUACCCAUACAUUGUGGUCUCCGUGCACCACCCUGAGGACCCAGUCCGGAGAAAUGCAUUCAGUUCUAGUCACCCUGUUGCAGGAGGGGUUACAGAAGAGGUGUGCUGGGAUGCUGCUUGGACUAGAGGGGUUGAGCUGUACUGCAGUUGGCAUAAUGUUUUUACAGGGUUAAUUUAAUGCUGGAGGCGCAGGUCUCCAUGGUAACAAAGCACAAUCCCAUUACAGCUCUGUCCUGGCGUGCGUUCUUCCCGUAUGCAUGUGGGUUUCCGUCCACAGCCAUAAGCUGUACCAGUUAGAUUAAUCGCUCAUUGUAAAUUGUCCUGUGGUUAGGCUAGGGUUAAAUUGGGCCAGAAGGGCCUACCUCUCCUUGCAGUGUGGUCCCUGCCAGCCCAGGGGUCAUCCCAGUGAGCCUUCUCCCCCCACCCCAAGAACCAUCACAGAAAGGUUGUGGUGACCGGUGCGGAUCCAGGAGCGACUCUGGGGGGUCACAGGGAGAAUGCGUGGACUCCACAAACCGAUGGAGGUCAGGUUCGAGCUGAAGUCACGGUCCUCAGAAGUCCCAGGCCAUUGACUGCCUGGGUUUCCUCAGAGUGUUCCUGUUUUUCUCCACCUUCCAAAGACACGCUGAUUAAUUUCGCAAUGGUGUAAUCGGUCGUUGGGCUGAAGGGCCUGUUUGUGUGUGAUAAAUAAAUCAAAAUAAACAAA